UAAAAUUUUAUUAAUCUUUCUCAACAAAAUUGCCCAUCAUGUCAUAUUAAAAACAUUCUAAUCUUAAUCCACCUGAGAUUUGUUAAAUCAUCAAAUCAUAUUAAUAAGUUUAUCUGCUUUUGUUGUUGUUUUCGGGUUUGAAAGAAAAAGAGGAAAGAUGAACGACGCAGAUGUAUCGAAACAAAUACAACAAAUGGUUGCAUUCAUUCGGCAAGAAGCCGAAGAGAAAGCGAAUGAGAUCUCUGUUUCUGCUGACGAGGAAUUUAACAUUCAGAAAAUGCAAAUAGUUGAUACCGAAAAGAAGAAAGUCAAACAGGAAUUCGAGCGAAAGACAAAGCAAGUAGAGGUUAAAAAGAAAAUUGAAUACUCGAUGCAAUUGAAUGCAAUGCGUAUCAAAGUUCUUCAAGCACAAGAUGAUUUGGUAACUGCCAUGAAAACUUCUGCUAGCAAAGAGCUUCUUAAUGUCUCUCAUAACAAGAAAACAUACAAAAAGCUUACCCAAAGCUUGAUUGUCCAGGGUUUGCUAAGGCUAAAUGAGCCAUCAGUGUUGUUGAGGUGUAGAGAGGUUGAUCUUUCACUAGUUGAAUCGGUUUUAGAAGAUGCUAAGAAAGAGUACGCUUCAAAAGCAAGAGUACAAACACCAAGAAUCGAUGUAGACAAAAUUGUAUAUCUCCCCCCUCCUCCAACCAAUGCAGACCCUCUUCGUCCUUCAUGCUCUGGAGGGGUUGUGUUAGCUUCGAGUGAUGGAAAGAUUGUUUUUGAGAACACCCUUGAUGCUCGGCUAGAUGUUGCAUUUAGAAAGAAGCUUCCUGAGAUUCGCAAGACUCUUUGUAGGGAAUAAGUGGGGGAGUACUUCAUCUUGGCAAUUUUCCCUUUUUGAGGUGCAAUGCAAAUAAUAUUCUACUACGAGUUGUACUUGAGUGAAUAAGCAAGCCACUGAGUUUCAUGAUAAGAAGAGUCAAACUCGUUGAUAUUCUUCAUUUGUUCAAUAAAUUGGAUCUCCGGAUUUUUAAUGACGAUCAAUUGAUAGUUUCUGUU